AUGAAACCGAGGUCAAGAUCAGUUUCACCAAAUAUUCGAGUUCCAUCUCUUUUAAAUUCCUUUCAUUCUUCUAAAAAAGAAAUGCAUUUUAAUUUUUUUCAACGUUCGGUUAGAAUAGGUUAUCGAAUACCUUUAUUGGGACCUUUGCUUGAGAAAAAAGGAUUUAGAUGGGUUUCCUUUAUUAUUUUAUUACUAUUUGGUCUUACUUUAUUUCAAGCUGCUAUUACUAUAUUAGGUUCAUUGUGGGAAAAUGAUAAGCUUAUAUUAGGUACGGUUUAUCGUUUAUUCUUUUAUGAAAAGCAAACAUAUGGUCCGGUACCGUAUCUUGGAUUGGAUCCAAAUGUACCAGAUAAACUACCAAAUGGAACGACAAUUUAUCAUGUUAGUAAAGAAUUUGGACCAGCAACGUUGGGUAGCAUGGGUCAGAUAGUAACAGGGUUAGCACAAGCACAAGCAAAUAAUGGAACAUAUGCAGUGAACGUAAUAUUACCUUAUUAUAGUUAUUUGAGGAAUUUAUUUAAAACUCAGAAAUUCGCUCAAUUGGAGGUGCAAGUUCGAGAUAGAUAUGGCAAACGGCAUCCUAUGAAAUUUAUGGUUAACAGUUUUUGGUGGAACAUUACCGAUAACCCUGAUGUUAUGAACUCGGAACCUCCAAAACCUUAUUCUAUUCGAGUUUAUGUGAUAGGACCGCCAUCAAAGGAAUCUGAUUCUUUUCAUACUGCCUUUAAAGCUAAUGAUGUUUCGGAAAUUUAUUAUUCUCCGUUAAGAGAUUUGCCACAAGAAUGGGAGGAUAUAUUUUUUUGUAAGGCGGUCGCUGAAUUGAUUACAUAUCUUAAUACGGAUAUCGAUACACCACUUUUCGAUUUAGUAGACGCUAGAGGCGUAGAUGUUGUGCACAUUCAUGGAUCUUCUAAUGCGCUUGUUAUUGAAUUUUUGAAAUCUUUAUAUUUAAAAGGAGAUAUAGGGAUUCACAAUAAACAAUUACAUU